AUGGCCAUUACCAAGAUUCACGCCCGAUCAGUCUAUGACUCCCGUGGUAACCCCACCGUCGAGGUUGACGUUGUCACCGAGACUGGCCUCCACCGUGCCAUUGUCCCAUCUGGAGCCUCUACCGGUCAACAUGAGGCAUGUGAACUUCGAGAUGGCGACAAGACCCAUUGGCUGGGAAAAGGUGUUCUAAAAGCUGUCAAAAACGUUAAUGAAGUUAUCGGCCCGGCGGUCAUUAAGGAGAACAUUGAUGUCAAGGAUCAGUCGAAAGUGGAUGAGUUCCUCAUCAAGCUUGAUGGAACAGACAACAAAUCCAAACUUGGCGCCAACGCCAUCCUAGGUGUCAGCUUGGCCAUUGCAAAGGCCGGUGCUGCUGAGAAGGGUGUUCCGUUGUAUGCCCAUGUUUCCGAUCUCGCCGGAACAAAGAAACCAUAUGUCCUCCCUGUCCCUUUCCAGAACGUCCUGAACGGAGGCUCCCAUGCUGGUGGUCGACUUGCUUUCCAGGAAUUCAUGAUUGUGCCCACUGCUGCUCCUUCAUUCUCCGAAGCUUUGCGUCAGGGCUCCGAAGUCUAUCAUAAACUCAAGGCUCUUGCAAAAUCUAAGUAUGGUCAGUCCGCAGGAAACGUUGGCGACGAGGGCGGUGUUGCCCCUGAUAUUCAAACCCCUGAAGAGGCGUUGGAUUUGAUAGCUGAAGCUAUCGAGCAAGCUGGAUACACUGGCAAGGUUAAGAUUGCGCUCGACGUGGCAUCCAGUGAAUUUUAUAAGGCCGAGGAGAAGAAAUAUGACCUUGACUUCAAAAACCCCAACAGUGAUAAGAGCAAAUGGAUCACUUAUGAGGAGCUCGCUGAUUUGUACAAGAAGUUGGCUAGCAAGUAUGACAUUGUCAGCAUUGAAGAUCCGUUCGCCGAAGACGACUGGGAGGCAUGGAGUUAUUUCUUCAAGACCUCUGAUGUCCAAAUUGUUGCAGAUGAUCUUACUGUCACCAACCCCAUCCGUAUCAAGAAAGCCAUCGAACUCAAAGCGUGCAAUGCUUUAUUGCUUAAAGUGAACCAGAUCGGUACGUUGACUGAAUCUAUCCAAGCAGCCAAAGAUUCCUAUGCCGAUGGCUGGGGCGUGAUGGUCUCCCAUCGAUCCGGCGAAACAGAGGAUGUCACCAUCGCCGACAUCGUCGUUGGAUUGCGCUCCGGCCAGAUCAAGACUGGUGCCCCUGCACGAUCCGAGCGACUUGCCAAGUUGAACCAGAUCCUCCGUAUCGAGGAAGAGCUUGGCUCUAAUGCCAUCUAUGCUGGCGACAAGUUCCGCGCUGCGGUCAACAUGUAA